AUGAACUUAUAUAAGUGGUUUUUCUCUUUGGCCCUCGUCUAUGCAUUCCUGGAGAUUUCUUUCCGAACAUGGCUCCCAAAUAACUACGUGUUUGACAAGAAAUUGCUUCAAACGUUGAGUCAGGAAGCUCUUGCCCGUCAUCCAGAUGGAAAUGCAACUAACAUCUUAAUUGACCUUGCGGGCACGAUCAAAGAAGAAUACGGUGAUAUUAUCAAUGAUCUAAAUUUCGAAGAAUGGGUCUACAACAACGCUGGAGGUGCUAUGGGAACUAUGUUUAUCUUGCAUGCCUCCAUCUCUGAGUAUCUUAUUUUCUUCGGAACUGCCAUAGGAACAGAAGGGCACACUGGUGUUCAUUACGCCGAUGACUAUUUUACCAUUUUAAAGCCAGAGGUAUAUCUCCCUGGUUCUCAGCAUCAUCUCCCCAAAGGGCAUGUCAAGCAAUACGCAAUGCCUAGCGAGAGCUGGGCCUUGGAACUUGCUCAAGGCUGGAUUCCUGCCAUGCUUCCAUUUGGAUUCUUAGACACCAUUUCCUCCACCUUGGAUCUAAACACUUUUAUGUGGACUGCAUACUAUACUGCUAGGGACAUGGGAAAGAACUUGGCUAAGGGUAAAUUUUAG